AUGACAUUCCCAAUGUACGAGGCCAAAGCCGGAGUAUGUGAGCACGCGCUUGUCGAAGUGGUGGCCGGAAAUAAUGUGGACCAUGUUGUUCAAGAGAUCCAUGAUCAGCUCGGAUUGCCGGUGAAGCCACAUCGUGUCAUCAUAGGACGACGCUGUUUCCGGAACUUGACCGUUCUCUGUCCUCGCAGCGAGAGUGCUCUUCAAAGAAUUUGUAGCAUGAGCGGCUACUAUUCUGGUCUUCAAAUUUUGGUCACACCGAUAAGCGUGGGGCAGAAAAGACAUUUUGAACGGUACUGUAUCUAA